AUGGCAUUGAGUAUGUUUUGCGCAACCAGGGCUUCUCUGUAUCUGAUGAACAUGAACACCUCAGGUCCUUCCUCUAGAGGCUUUUCUUCUGUUGUAAAGAGUUUGAAGUAUGCCAAGUCGCAUGAGUGGGCGAGAGUUGAUGGGAAGUUGGCUACAAUAGGGUUGAGUGACUAUGCUCAAAAGCACUUGGGUGGUAUUAUCCAUGUUGAACUGCCUGAUACCGGUGAAGAUGUGGCACAAGGUGUUAGAUGUGGCACUGUUGAGUCUGUCCAAGCCAGCAAGGGCCUUCACUCUUCACUCUCUGGCAAUAUAGUUGAAGUAAAUGAAAAGCUUCGUACGACUGCUGGUUUGGUAAAUGCAAGUCCAUAUGAAGAUGGAUGGAUCAUGAAGGUGGAAAUGAGCAACAAAGAGGAGCUGAAUAAGCUAAUGGACUAUGAUGAGUACGUGAGCUAUGUGGAGAACAAGUUCCCAAACAUUGAUGAACCAGUUGCGAACACUUAGAUAUGUUGUAUCAUCAAUGUCAAGUUCAAAUGGCACUGUCGAUGUUGUGUAUUAGAUGAGUGCUUAUGUCACCUUUGUCAGUCCUGAUGUGGUAGGAGUAAUUUUGUUAUCUGCAUGGAUGGUUAAUUUGCAUUUCGAAAUUAAUUGCAACUCCUCGUCUUUGGAUUU